AUUUCUUUCUUAAUUUCUACAAACACAAUCACUAAAAAAAAUUUAAGUUUUUUUUUCAUGGCAACUAUCUCAGGAACUGGCUCACCUUGUGGUGCAUGCAAGUUUCUAAGACGAAAAUGCACUGCUGAUUGCAUCUUUGCCCCUUAUUUUUGCUCAGAACAAGGCCCGGCUCGAUUUGCAGCCAUUCAUAAGGUAUUUGGUGCAAGCAAUGUCUCGAAAUUGUUGCAUCAUGUUGCGGUGGCUGACCGCUGCGAGGCAGUGGUCACCAUUGCUUAUGAAGCUCAAGCUAGGAUCAGAGAUCCUGUUUAUGGCUGUGUUGCACAUAUCUUUGCCUUACAACAACAGGUUGCAUGUUUACAAGCACAAUUGAUGCAAGUGAAAGCUCAAAUGGGACAAAGCUACAUGGAUUCAAGAAAUGUUGAAACUCAAUGGAGUACCUCAAACAUGGAUGGAGCAAUGGCUUAUCAGAAUUACAUGAAUGCUACAAAUAAUUUCAAGAACAUCAUCAACACAUCACCACAAAGUUCGAUGGAGUCGAUAAAUUACACCAAUGAAGGGCCUUCGAUUCAAAGCCAAAAUGAUCAUAAUUAUGAGUUGUACAAGAGGAGACUUUCUGAAAGUGAUUUUGAUGAGCUUCAAGAACUUGCGGUUAGAAUGAUGAGGAACUAAUUAAUAUUUUAUAAUCUAGAUUAAUUAGAUGUAGUUUGAUCUUGUCAUCCAAUAUAUGUGACUUUAUGGGAUCAAUAUAUGUAUAUAGCUAGAGUAAUUAACUAGUUAGAUAUAUAAGACUAAAAUAUAAAGCAUGGAUCUUUAUAAUUUUCUUGAAAUUGCGUAUGAUGAAUUUGAUAAUUAACUUGGUGACAA